UUCUCAGUUCCGAUUAAAAACUGGCAUAGACCGUACGUUAUAAUAAUACGCAGUCUUGCGGACGGUUGUGUUUGAUUCAUUAUGCAAGAUCGGCGAUAAACGUAUUGGUGUAGAAACGUGUUUAUCACAUUGUGGACUCUUCAAACUUUUUUUUUCUAAUUCCUAAUGUCAAACCGUUGAUUAUUGUCUGUAUAUCCAGCAAUUAUAUAAGUCUGUGUCGGUGGGUAGAUGCCUUUUUUUAGCGGAAUAGACGUUAAAUGACUAUAUUCAGAAAUUGGUCAACGGUUUCAACGUUUCCAAUCUUUUCUAUUCCAAUCAGUUGCCGUAAACUAUUCGAUUAGCUAUCAUGUAUUUCGCGAAAGUGAUACUGCAUCAGGUGAUUUUCAUCCAAUUUUGUUUGUGCAUUUACUUUUACACGGACCUUAGCACAAUUGUUAAGGUUCUGGCAUCGCUUCAGGCAUACGUUGCCAGUUAUUUUGUUGCAUUUUGGACGCUUAAGUUGAUAUACAAAUGUUCGUGCAUGAGAGUAACAGGCGACAACAAAUGCGUGUUGAUCACAGGAUGUGAUUCUGGAUUCGGACAGGAAGCAUCCAUUAAAUUAAACAAAUUGGGUUUCAAAGUCUUUGCCACUUGCUUGGAUCCGAAUGGCAAUGGUGCUAAACAACUUAUAUCAGAGGCUGCCGAUCCGAACAGAAUGGUUGUAAUUGGAAUGGACGUGACCAAAGACAAAGAUAUCGAAAAUGCAUACGAAACGGUCAAAAAGUGCAUGUCGAGCUCAGAAUGUUUGUUCGGUUUGGUCAAUAAUGCCGGUAUAGCCAUCGCAGGUGAGCUGGAUUUCGGACCGGACUUAUCGGAUUGCAAUAAAAUUAUCGAUAUCAAUCUGAUGGGAAUGAUCAAAGUCACACGGCAGUUCUUACCGUUAAUUCGUAAGUCAAAAGGACGCAUCGUGAACGUCGAAAGUUUGGCAGGAUUGUUGCCGAUGCCGUAUUCGAUUUUCUACGCGGUUUCGAAGACAGCCGCUGCCGGAUUCAGCGACAAUUUGAGAAUCGGAAUGUAUCGCUUCGGCGUUUCGGUAGUGUCGAUAAAUCCAUAUCUGUACCGGACAUCGAUAACCAACGCAAAAACGCUCAUAAAUCAAUACGAAAACAACUAUAAACAGUCGUCAGACGAAGUACGCCAGGCAUACGGUAAAAAAUUCGUACAACGGGGGAAAAUUGGCAUAGCCAUAACCAAUUUUGCAACGAAAUCAAGUGCUGUUCCAAAUACCAUCGUCAACGCAUUGACGGUUUAUGAGCCGGAUCCUCGAUACAUCGUUGCCCCCAAAAUAAUGGAACCGAUAUUGAGAUCGUUCUUGUGGAUACCCAAGGAAAGUCUGGAAGUUUUCUUUCAAAUGUCAUGUUGGAUUCUCGGUACACACCGAGUCUAUCCAGACAAUCUAGAAAAAUGAUAGGCGGCAGGCACGACUUGAGAAUGGGGAAAUAAAAUCAUAAAAUCGAGCUAGACGAA